CCGUCAUUCCGUGUCGUCGGUCCGUGUGUAAAACGUGUGAACUGUGAAAUGGUGUGAAAUUUAAAUACCCUAAAAAUAUGGCAUUUAUAGAAAAUGAUAAUUUAUUGAAAGUUAUUUCAGUUUUAAAAUUAUUAAAAAAAAAUGGUGAUCUCGAUGAAGAUAAAUAUUUUCUAUACCAAAGCACAAAAUGGCGAAAUAUUUUGAAAUACUCAGUACUGGAGUCAUGGCUGAAACAUCACUGUCAAUUGGUAAGAUUAAAUACUCUUGCUUUAAUAAGCGAGUCAAAAAGAAGUACACAGCCGUUUACACCUUCAGAACUUGAUUUAAUUCUUCUAUUUUUAAAGUAUAAUUUAGAAGAAAAGAUGGAAUUUGUACCGUUUAUAAAAAAGGUUUUGAGACGUGCCGAUGUUAGCAUUGUUGCUCUGCAACGACAAUUAUCUAUAGAAGAAAAAUCAUUGGAAUGUGGUGAAAUUGAUUUAGAAGAAGGUGGCUUAAAAAUUGACGAACGCAUUAAUUUAAUGAGAAUAACCAUAAAAUCCUACUAUUCAUUUUUCUCAUCACUGAAAGAAAUUUGUUUAAAAAAUAUUUAUCCUGCAGCUGUACAUUGUCGUGCACAUUCAGCAUUACAAAUAUUAAUUUUAAUGCAAGAAUUUUUAAAGAAAGAAUAUACGAUUAAUUUAUGGACACACGAGGACACUGAACAUUUAGUACAAUGCAUAUUUACCGAUUCAUUCGAAGCAAAUAAGGCAUUAGCGUUCAAAGUGAUUAAAGAGAGUUUGGAUUCAAAUACAUUGAAUGUCAAUGAGAGAGAAAUUGUUAGGGAAUUAAUUGACACGGCAUUAAAUUUAGCGAAUAGCAUGAGACCAACUGAUUCAAUUACAGCAUCUUUCAUGUUUAAAAUGGUCGUUUUAUCGAAAAUUAUUGACAGUGUUCUACUUGAUUUUAUUGAUUCUGAAGAAAUAGCCAAUUGUCACACUGAAAAGACUUUGCUUACAAUGAUUAAAAUUCUCAUAAAUCGUUUAAAGAAUCCUGUACAAAUGGCAAAGAUAAAUAUUGUUUCGGCGUGUAGUAAACAUUCUUUAUAUGGUUAUCUUUAUUGUAUAUUGAGUUUACUGCAAACACUCGAUUUGAGGACAUUGGAAUCUGAUAAUUCUUGGCGAAUGCUCAUUGCCGAAAUAGUUGACAUAUGUUUUCAGUUAAUUUACAUUGCGUCUGAAAUUGUAAAUAAUUCAUCGCCCGAAGGACACUUGCCAAUGGAUUUAAAUGUACAAUAUAGUAAUUCAGUGACAGAUGAAAAAACAACUUUGGUGACUUCUCAAAUGGUUCUUCUUUGUUCUUGGCGAAUAAUAAAAGAAACUAGUCUUCUAUUAGGAGACAUCACGUCAAGGAGUCCUAUUUAUUCCACAGAUUCUGAUCCUGGACUUAUAUCAAAAGAGCAGAUAAUAAAAAUAGGAGAACAUUUUGUUAUGCUUUUGUGUGGAACAAAACAUAGAGGAGCAAUUGAUCAAGCGCACAUUGGCUUUCAACAAAUGUGCACUAAAUUAUUUUCCCUAAAAGAUUCGUCAUUUCGAGAAUUACCUGUAAUGUGGUUGCAUUAUCUAUUUUUGGACAUGACUGGAUUAAAGAGUGGAAAUUUUAAAUUAUGUUCAACGAGAAGAAGUGCCGGUGUUCCAUUUAUGGUUCAGGCAAUCACUUGCUGUAUAACGAAACGAAAUCUUGAUCAUUCAAUUUUUCAUUCGGUAAUGAGAGUUCUACUUGGUUUUACGCAAUUAAAAAAUUCGGAGAAUCUACUCACUGAUAUUAAGACUAUAAUGUACAAUAGUACCAUAUUUUGUGAAUUGGAGAAAAAUUUCAAUUCCAUCAAUGACAAGGAGCAAGUUCGAAUUAAUGAUCUUGCGGAAAUUAAAACUCAUACAUUAAAUAUAUUGAGGGCACUUUUUAAGCAUUAUCGACUUAAGGAUUUGGUUAAACCUUACGUUUCGGAAGGUUUCACUGCUGCUAUGAAAAGUUACGAUGAACAAUCUUGGGCGGAACGAAAUGCGGCAACUUUGUUAAUUGGAACUUUAGUAACGAGAACUUUUGGUGUAUUGAGAACAAGGGAUUAUAUAAAUUUGACGACGCAUAAUAAAAUGACAGGGAAAGUUUUUUUUGAAAAAUAUGGACAGUUGUUGCCAUUUAUGUUGGAAAAAUUGCAUAAUUUUAUAACAGAACGAGAUGAAAUGAUCGAUUGUAAAAUGCAAACUAUUCUAUUGAUUAUAUCAAGAUUGUACGUUGGUAAUGACAUUGAAAAUUCAAAUUCUUCCUGGCAGGUGGAUAAAUUUAUCAAUCUCGUAUCACAAUGUGGAACGAAUCGAGUGCACAAAACACGGGAACUUGCAGCAAGAGCAUUGGUAUCGUUAUUAACGGAAAAUAACAUUUGCGAGACACUGGAAUUUCUGAUAAAAAAUGUAAUGGAGACUAAGGAGAAUUUAAAUGCCCUUCACGGUUAUGCGUUGCAGCUGUACGAAAUAGUAAGCGUAUUCGAGUUGUCUGCAGAAAUUAUUACGAAAACUAAAUUUAAUGAUUUUUUGCUAAACAUGGAAAAGUCUGUUCUUCAAAGUUUAGAAGAGGAAAACGAAAAUUCUGCUUGUUAUCCUGCAGCUGCUACGUUUGUUACUAUUUUAUCUGAACUACUAAAGCAAUCAUCGAGCAGGAAACUUUUCGAAAAUCGACUCCUUGAUAGUAUCAUAAUUAGAUUAAAGAUGCAUUUAGCGAAUUGUAAAUUGUUGAAGGAAAAACCAGGAAAAGAAGUUUAUGAAAUAGAAGCAAUGAAUUUUAUUAUAUCUUACAUUCAAAAUUCAUUCGCUCGUGAAUUAUUCACCAAAAAUGAUGAUGAAAUAAAUUUUUGGCUCUCCAUUCUAAUACACAACAAUGAAAAUAUUCAAAUAAUAAUUUGGAGAAAUGUCUUUUCAAUUACUGAGCAAAUACCGAUUAAUUCGAAAUUUCUUCACUAUGCAUUAUCGAUUGCAUUCAAUACGAAUUUCGAAUUAAUUGACAAUGUCGAAGUACACGAUGCAAUCUAUGAAUUUUUAUAUCUUACUUUAUUGAAUUUACAAGAAUCGAAUUGUAAAAGUUUAAUUAUAAAUAAUGAUGUGGACAAAUCAAAAGUAAUUCAUGAAUUUUGUACAAUUAUUGGUGAAAUGCUGACAUCUCAUAUGAGAAAGAAGAGUUUCUAUGAAAGAGGGAUUUUUCUACAAUUGACAGAGAAAGUGUUUGCAUGUUUCUCGUCUGUCUCAAAGGAAAAUUCCAUAAUGAAUAGAAAUGAUGUCUAUAAAUUGAUAGUCAAUAAUUCUUGGAUGUGUUCUGCGGAUAUAAAUUGUCGAAUAGGAAUUGCGAAGAAUCUUUAUGAUCUUUAUAUAGAAUCAGUAGAUGUGAAUGAUAGUUACUUGAUUUUGGAUUGGUGGACAACGUUAUUGCAUUUAUUACUAGACGAUAAUAUGAUUGUUCGUCAACACGCAUCAAUUGUAAUCUGUGAUAUAAAACCCAAAACUCAAUUGGGAUGCCAUUCUUUAAUUAUGGAAAUAUUUUUUGAUAAGUUUUUUAAUACGAUUGGAAGUAGAAAUCCCACAUUAGGAUUGGCCGCUCUCAUUUGUUGGAUCGUCACUUUAAUGGAUGAUGAGGAACUCGAAAUGGAUGAAACGGAGAUUAAAAAAAGCACAUCGAGACUCCGCACGUUGAAGAGAAAAAAGAAAAACACCCCCACAAUCAAAACGAAGACAAUGACAGAUAUUAUAGACCAUCGAGAUGUACGAGAUUCACUGUCGAGCCCUUUGAAAUCCUUCGAUAACAAUAAUCAACACGUCAAUUCAAUUAUCACUCAAUCACAAUUAAAUACAGACGAAGUGGAUAACGUAGAUCAUCAUUUUGAGGCGGUGCGAUUACAGAGUUAUGAAAACUGGCCGUUAAAUUAUAUGGAUCCGGCGAAUUUGGCCGCCGCUGGAUUUUAUUACACGGGCGAAAGUGAUAAAGUCAAAUGUUUCGAGUGUCAUGUGGAAAUUCGUCAAUGGUUGGAGGGCGAUGAUCCAAUGGUUGAUCAUCAACGUUGGUCGGGACGUUGUAGAUUCAUAAGAAAAAUUCCCUGCGGCAAUGUUCCCAUUGGAGUUGAUCCUGAUACAAUACCAGCGCCACGUCCACGAAGUCACGACGUUUGCGGACCCUAUGGUGUUGAAAUAAGAUCUAAUUCUGGACCAGAUUGUUCAUCAACGUCAACUGGAAAUUUACCGAGUUCAGCGAAACUCGGCUUCAUUGGAAUUGGCCGCUCCAAAGGACCAGCACACACUGAAUACGCCAGUUACGAUGCAAGACUGCGGACAUUCGAAUCAUGGCCAAAGUGCAUGCGACAGACGAAGGAGCAAUUGGCGGAUGCUGGUUUCUAUUAUACGGGCAAAGGCGAUCAAACACUUUGCUAUCAUUGUGGCGGUGGGUUGAAGGACUGGGAGCCGGAGGACGAUCCUUGGGAACAACAUGCGAAAUGGUUCUCCAAGUGUAUAUACCUUUUCUUGGUCAAGGGUCAGGAUUAUAUCAACAAGGUCACAGGGCAAAAUCCAACACCGCCAUCGAAUGAGGAGACAAUGUUAAUGGAUCUGCCGAGUUGUAUUCAAAAGGUUCAUAAUACAAUAACCGAGAAGGAGCACGAUUUCGUUGGAACGAGUAAAAACGAAUUAAAUCAAUCGGAAAAGGAAUGUACGAAAACAAUAGCAAAAGAUAAAGAAACAGUACGAGUCGACGAUGCGAGAAUGUGCAAAAUUUGUUACAGUGAAGAAUUGGGCGUAGUAUUUCUACCCUGCGGUCACAUUGUGGCUUGUGUUAAAUGUGCUCCGGGUAUGACUGUGUGUGCCGUUUGUCGAAAACCUGUUACUAUGAAUGUUCGUGCAUUUUUCUCAUAGUAUUUUUUCCUGGACAAUUUAUCAAUUUAUUUCACUAACUGGUAUAAUUGUUUUAGGAAGCAAAAAGAAAAAAAAACAUUAAUAAUCAUUGUAUAUACCAGUUUCAUGCAUUAAAAAAAAAACAAACAGACAAGUACUACAUUGAACUCACACACACACAAAUGAAACAAUACCAAUUAUUCAAUUUUUUUUAUUUGGAUUUGAAAAAUUUAAAAAAGUUAGACUGGUGAAAACCAUAGGUUUUUAAUUUAAACUAUUUUAGUUAAACAUUAUGCUUAUAUAAAUAUAUAUUAUAGUGUUUUUAUUUUUCUAUCAAAAAUUAACCCUUUCAUAUUGUGGAUUUUUAUUUCGAGGAAAAAAAAAAAAAUAUAUAUUUUUAAUGAGCUUGCUUAAAUCAUCGUUGUUUGGAUUGAUGUGUGUUGAUAUUCUAUAUAAAUAUAUAUUAUAAGCAAGCUUUAUUCGUUUAAAUUCUCUUUCACAUACCGGAUUAGUUAAUUUUUUUUUCUUUUUAACUCGAAAAGGACAUAUUUUGUUUUUGUAAAGAAAAAAGAAGGCCAAAACGACAUAUUUAGCGGUAUUUAUAUAAAAAAACUUGCGGAUUACACAGAAAUGAAAGAAAAACGAGCUUUUUAAUUCUGUAUAAUAAAAAUUGUAGUGUGUAAGUAUACCGAAAGGGUUAAUUAACACUUUACACGUGUAUAAAAAAAUU